AUGGAUUUAGGAUUCAAAGACCGUAACAACAGGACGCUUACCAAGAACACCUCUGCUGCUACAAAGAAUUUUUCUGCCUGGGAAGAUUAUAAGAGUAGUGUUGAUGACAUACAGUACUUUCUUAUUGGGCUGUACACACUUAUAAGUCUGGCCGGCUUUAUGGGAAAUCUGCUUAUACUAACGGCUCUACUAAAGUGCAAGCAGAAGACAAUAAUAAACAUUCUUAUCGGUAACUUGGCCUUUUCUGACAUCUUAGUUGUGUUGUUUUGUUCACCUUUCACACUGACGUCCGUCCUGCUUGACCAAUGGAUGUUUGGCACUGUCAUGUGCCACGUAAUGCCCUUCCUCCAGUGCGCAUCAGUUCUAGUUUCAACUUUAAUGUUAAUAUCUAUUGCUGCAGUCAGGUACCGCAUGAUAAAAUAUCCCCUUUCUAGCAAUUUAACAGCAAAGCAAGGCUAUUUCUUAAUAGUGACCAUUUGGGCCCUUGGCUUUGCCAUUUGCUCCCCUCUGCCAGUUUUCCACAAAACUGUGGAUCUCAGCAAAACUCUGAAUUUAGAGGCACUGGAGAACAGGCUCUUGUGUGUUGAGUCAUGGCCUUCUGAUUCCUACAGAAUUGCCUUUACGAUAGCCUUAUUGUUCAUGCAGUAUAUAUUGCCGCUGGCGUGUUUAACCGCUAGUCACACCAGUGUCUGCAGGAGCAUAGGUUCCAGACUGUCAAACAAGGAAAACAAGUUUGAAGAAAAGGAGAUGAUAAACCUAACACUUCAUCCAUCCAAGAGUACCCGCACACAGGUGCAGCCCUCCAGCCAUUCCAGGUGGAGCUGCGCCUUUGGUAGAAGGCACCACAGAAGGUACAGUAAAAAGACUUCAAGUGUGAUGCCAGCCAUUUCAAGGCAUCAUCAGGAUACUCAUUCCAGAGACCUCCCAGAAACCUCUGGCACAGAAAAAAGCCAGCUCUCUUCCUCCAGUAAAUUCAUCCCUGGGAUACCUAUCUGUUUUGAGAUGAAACCAGAAGAAAAUACAGAGAUCCAGGACAUGAUUACGGUAUCCCAAUCCUUCAUCAGAAUUAAGACAAGGUCUAGGAGAGUUUUUUGCAGACUGACAGUGCUAAUCCUAGUUUUUGGUUUCAGUUGGAUGCCUCUUCACCUUUUCCACAUUGUGACAGAUUUUAAUGCCACUCUCAUUUCUAACAGACAUUUUAAAUUAGUGUAUUGCAUAUGCCAUUUACUGGGUAUGAUGUCCUGCUGCUUGAAUCCCAUCCUUUACGGGUUCCUUAACAACAGCAUAAAAGCCGAUUUAAUGUCCCUUAUUCCAUGCUGCCAAAUACCAUGAUUUUAUGCACCCCAAGAUAAAAUAAACAAGUUUGGCUUUCAAGCAUACUGGCGUGUAUAGCUGUAAAACUAAAUUA